AGCCCUUCAGCUGGAAGGCCGCAGACAGGCCCCGGGACCCAGAGCAGGGGCUUGUGACGGACGGAUCCAGCGACUGAGUCCAGCGUGGGUAGCGACGCUGCUAACGUGUGGGCUUCUCUAGCGGCGAUGGGCAUCUCUGCUCCCUCGUCUCCGCCUCCUCCCUGAAGAUACCGCUGGGCUGGACUUGUUGCUGUCUGUCCUUCUGCAAACGUUUAGCGAUACUCCGUAGAUGGAGUAUCGGCCCCGUGUCUGUCAAGUCAAGUGAUGGAUGCUCUCCUGGAAGGUGUCUAUCCUGUCAUCCUUUGAGAGCCGUCUCAUGAAGCUGGAGAACUCCAUCAUCCCUGUACACAAGCAAACGGAGACUCUGCAGAGGCUGCAGGAGAAUGUGGAAAAGACAUUAUCCUGUCUGGACCAUGUCAUCAGCUAUUACCAUGUAGCCAGUGACACUGAGAAGGUCAUCAGAGAAGGCCCCACAGGUAGGCUGGAAGAAUACCUGGGAAGCAUGGCCAAAAUCCAGAAGGCUGUGGAAUAUUUUCAGGACAAUAGCCCAGACAGUCCAGAGCUCAACAAAGUGAAGCUACUGUUUGAGAGAGGGAAGGAGUCGCUGGAGUCUGAGUUCCGCAGUCUGAUGACCCGGCACAGCAAGGUCGUCUCCCCUGUGCUCAUCCUGGACCUGAUCAGUGGGGAUGAUGAACUGGAGGUCCAGGAAGAAGGGACCCUGGAGCACCUGCCUGAAAGUGUACUCCAGGAUGUGGUCCGCAUCUCCCGCUGGCUGGUGGAGUACGGCCGGAACCAAGACUUCAUGAAUGUCUACUACCAGAUCCGUUCCAGCCAGCUGGACCGCUCCAUCAAAGGCCUAAAGGAGCAUUUUCGCAGAAGCAGUUCUUCCUCUGGGGUUCCCUACUCCCCUGCCGUCCCCAACAAGAGGAAAGAUACACCCACCAAGAAGCCCGUCAAGCGACCAGGGACGAUCCGUAAAGCUCAGAACCUUCUGAAACAGUAUUCCCAGCAUGGUCUAGAUGGGAAAAAGGGGGGCUCUAACCUCAUUCCUCUGGAAGGGAGAGAUGACAUGCUGGAUGUGGAGACUGAUGCCUACAUUCACUGUGUCAGCGCCUUUGUCAAGCUGGCCCAGAGUGAAUACCAGCUGCUGAUGGACAUCAUCCCUGAGCACCAUCAGAAGAGAACCUUCGACUCCUUGAUUCAGGAUGCACUGGAUGGGCUGAUGCUUGAAGGGGAGAGCAUCGUGUCUGCUGCCAGGAAAGCCAUCAUCCGCCAUGACUUCUCCACAGUGCUCACAGUCUUCCCCAUCCUGCGGCACCUCAAGCAGACCAAGCCUGAGUUUGACCAGGUGCUCCAGGGCACAGCAGCCAGCACCAAGAACAAGCUGCCUGGCCUCAUCACCUCCAUGGAGACCAUUGGAGCCAAAGCACUAGAAGACUUUGCCGACAACAUUAAGAAUGAUCCAGACAAAGAAUACAACAUGCCCAAGGACGGCACUGUUCAUGAGCUCACAAGCAAUGCCAUCCUUUUCCUGCAGCAGCUUCUGGACUUCCAGGAAACAGCAGGUGCCAUGCUGGCCUCCCAAGUUCUUGGGGACACAUACAAUAUUCCUUUAGACCCCCGAGAAACCAGCUCUUCGGCUACCAGCUACAGCUCCGAGUUCAGCAAGCGCCUGCUGAGCACCUAUAUCUGCAAAGUCUUGGGCAACCUGCAGCUGAACUUGCUGAGCAAGUCCAAGGUGUAUGAGGAUCCAGCAUUAAGCGCUAUCUUCCUACAUAACAAUUACAACUACAUCCUCAAGUCCCUGGAGAAGUCUGAGCUGAUCCAGCUGGUGGCUGUGACCCAGAGGACUGCUGAGCGUUCCUACCAGGAGCACAUCGAGCAGCAGAUCCAGACCUAUCAACGCAGCUGGUUAAAGGUGACUGAUUAUAUCGCAGAGAAGAAUCUACCAGUGUUCCAGCCUGGUGUCAAGCUCCGGGACAAGGAGCGGCAGAUGAUUAAGGAACGUUUCAAGGGAUUCAAUGAUGGCCUUGAAGAGCUGUGCAAGAUUCAGAAGGCCUGGGCCAUUCCGGACACAGAGCAGAGGGACAAGAUUCGACAGGCUCAGAAAAACAUCGUCAAGGAGACCUAUGGGGCCUUUCUGCACAGGUAUGGCAGCGUGCCCUUCACCAAGAACCCUGAGAAGUACAUCAAGUACCGUGUGGAACAGGUGGGCGACAUGAUCGAUCGCCUUUUCGACACCUCUGCCUAAGCCUGCCAGUGUUCUGCCUGGUUCCACCAGACUCACAUGUUGUUGGACUGAUAAACAAGUGUUAACAUACCUCCAGGCCAGGUGAGUUUGAAGUCCUUUGCAACAGAGACCUUUGUGCCCCACCCAGGAGCCCUGACCCCGGUGUUGACAUCUCCCCUGCGGCCCACAUCUCCUGUCAGACCAGCACUCAUCCAGAAUGUGGGGUCCUUUCACACCUUGGGUUUCACAAUGAAGUGCAUCCAGCAGGGGCCACAUGAUGGCUUCUGAGGCAGAAGAUAAGGAAGACAGAGACUGGUGCCUCCAGCUGCCAUGUGGAUACCAAGAACGGGAUGGCAGACUCCACCCUGGCCUACUUCCAUCCUCUUCAGUCCACAGAUGUGAGCAGGCUCAAAGCACAGGCCAAAUGGCCGCCAACAGACCUAGAGGAAAGGCUGUCAGUGUCGACCUACUCUCUUGGAUUAGUUCAUUGUCCACAGUUUUGUGCCCUGGGAUGUCCCACUACCUGGGACUCCCUGGUGACAAGAGGCAGAAGAGCUCUGUCUCUGGUCCCUUUGGAUCUGGCACAUUGCAAGAAGUGUUUGGAGGAGUUCUGAACCAUCCUGUGGGCCAGGCGCUCAGCCAUCUGUUCCCUGGUCUCCAGCAUCAGUACUCACUGGCCCAGGCCAUGCAGCAGUGGUUGUAAGGGCUUUAGGCUGAAUACAUGGGGACAAAGGCAAGCAAUUCAGGAGCCAAGCGGGAGAUCAUGAGGGUAAAGUUAGGCUGUACUACUUAGGAUGGCAGUGAACAACCAUGUUCAAGAAGGGCAGGCCCUUAUGGUGCAUUUGGGUGGUGGCUUGUUCUGCUUUUAUACACAGAGAGGGGAGCUCAGGAUGCGUGAGCCUCCUGUUAGAGAAUGGAGCUGAUGCUUCUCUAGACACACUGUUCUAGCUCUCACCUGGCUAUAGGAACUAGGCUGCACCCUUAAAUCUGUAUUCCUAGGCCCCACCCUAUUACAGACCAGCCUGCCACCACGAGGCUACCUUGCAAGGGUCCCACAUCCAGACUGGCCACAUACACGAGCUGACUGCAUAUUGCACUGGCCACAGACAUGAGGAAGGAGGUGUGUUCAACAACUAGCCCGGCCCUUCCUUGAACUCUUUCCUCCUUCAGGAGCUGCUGGCAGGGAAACGAACUGUUCUUGGCUGCUCCAGAACAUUCUUCCAUAGCAGAAGGGUAAAAGACAGGGAUUCUUAGUCCAGAGUGUUCCUUCUUUAGAUCCUCAACUAAUUAAAGUUUGGGCCUGGCCCUUCCUAAGCUUCCUCAGUGGAAGAAGCACCCUUUGAGAGAAAUUUGCCAGGUAUGAACUUCUUUCUCUCAGGGGCAUGGCUCUGCCCUACUUCAAACCUGCUUCUACCAGGGGAGGAUAAAGUGAGCCCCAGAGCCAGGCACCAGCAGAGUAGAUGCUAAGAUCCCACAGCACACCUAGACAGGAGCCUGGCCAGCUGUCAGUGUGCAGCUGAUCCCUCUGCUCUGUUAGUCUACUUCAGCCCCGUUCCUCAUGACCCCGCACUCUCAGACGGGCCUAGCCCUCCCCUACCUUCCACACUAGUCCUGGGCUCUUCUGAAGGUCACUCUUUUCCCCUCUGGGCACGGGGUUGGGUCUGCUCUUGUCUCCAAGGUGUGUCUCGACAGCCUUGGUGUGGAGGAGCAGCAGCAGGUGAAGAACUGCCAGUGGAAGGGAUAGAGGCUGGACCUGAACUGUAGAGUCUUGGUGACUAGGUGGGCUGGGGGUGGUCUUCCUGAGCAGUGGAUUGCAGAAAGGGGAACUGGGCAGAGCCUGCUCUUGGAGGAGUGGAAGGCACAGUAGCUAGCUGACACUGGUGUCUCAUUUGUAGACCACGCACUCAGUAGUUCCAGCACAACACACAUAUCAACUGACAGCAGUGUCUCCCUGGGAACCAGCCUGGCCAGGGUGAACUUGAGCCCUGUGUUCUUCGGGUUCAGCUUGGAAGGAAGAAGUGGCAUUUCCUGGGAUAUGGAGGGAGCAGGUAGAAAGAGACUGGGUAUAUACCAUCCCUCCCCCCUCCACCAGGCUCUACCAGCCUCUUCCCAGGUAGAAGUGUCACCUGGAGCAGGGCAUGGGAUGCUGGCAUGGGACCUGAGCUUUCACGUCAUGAAUCACAUAUUCUCUCUUGACACAGUCUCGUCCAGCACGUGGGUGUGGAAUACUAGCUCCACCAACGAGAGGGAUAGGGUGUAAAGUGUGAACUAGGGAGACAGACUGAAGCCCACAGAAGCUGCAGGCUUCUGAUGGCCUCUGAGGGAGAGGGAGCUAAAUCCACACGGUUUUCACAGCCUCUGGGGGCGCAUCAGAUGGCCUCCAGUUAAAGAAGAGCCUUAGAUUCAGAGAGGAAUUUUCCUUGUGGAAAUAAAUGCACUUGGCAGCACCUUGUGGCAGGGAAGUGAU